CUCGCUUGUCAGAACCAUAGUCAGAACGCUGAGAGCCAGUGAACAGCAGAAGUCCAACGUUAGCUCAGCCUCAACUACUCAUUAGGACAGAGACAUUGAACUGAGAAGACGUUUGCUGUGAACAUUUCUGAAAGCAAAUGUUAACUUUCGGAUAGUAACGUUUGCUGGACUGUCUAGCGUUUCGGGGGCUAGCUUUCAGUUUACUUACUGGUGUUCUGCGGUGGAAAUAGGAAAAAUGUCGUCUCCAAGUCCGGGUAAAAGGCGAAUGGAUACCGACGUGGUGAAACUCAUUGAGAGCAAGCACGAAGUCACCAUCCUCAGUGGACUCAAUGAAUUUGUAGUGAAGUUUUUCGGACCACAAGGAACACCUUACGAGGGAGGCGUAUGGAAGGUGCGAGUAGAUCUUCCUGACAAAUAUCCUUUUAAAUCACCAUCAAUAGGAUUUAUGAACAAGAUUUUUCAUCCCAACAUUGACGAAGCGUCAGGGACAGUGUGCUUAGAUGUCAUCAACCAGACAUGGACAGCCCUUUAUGAUCUGACCAACAUCUUUGAGUCGUUCCUGCCGCAGCUGCUGGCUUACCCAAACCCCAUCGACCCCCUGAAUGGAGACGCAGCUGCCAUGUACCUUCACCGGCCAGAGGAGUACAAGCAAAAAAUCAAAGAGUACAUCCAGAAAUAUGCAACAGAGGAGGCUCUGAAGGAGCAGGAAGAAGGGGCAGGUGACUCUUCAUCUGAAAGCUCCAUGUCGGAUUUCUCAGAAGACGAGGCCCAGGACAUGGAGUUGUAGUGAUAGGAGGGCUCCCCCAUCCUGCCUCCUCCUUUAACCCCCACAGAGACUAUAUUUGAUUUCCUAACCAUGAGAAAGCAGACUUAUAAUAUUCAUAUUUAAACAAGUUGAUUUUUUUUUUUUUUUUUUUUUUAUUACUACUAAACAAGGAUUUUUAUGGAUAUCUAGCCUUUGGUGUGUUUGACAGACACCCCUCCCAUUCAGUAGCUGUUUCUCCCUACACAGAUGUCGACAUUGCUUUCACACUCUCUCCCUGUCAUCUCUGCAUUUUUAAGGUGUCAUGUAGGCGUAGACAGGAAACCUCCCCAAGAGCAUCUUAUUUCUUUACUCAAAUUUCAUUUUUUUAAAUAUAAAAAGUCUAUAUGUUUGACCUGAAUCCUAAUUUCCUUUCUUUUCCAGAAUUCUAAUUGAUUCUGACAAACAUUUUGUUAGUUGCUCUGCUACAGAGCUGCUUAGGUCUUGCUUGCCUGGGCGACAGCUCUACAAUAUUAUCCCGUAGUCAAGAGGGUUUUUUGAAGUGAACAAUCACACAGAAGGUGUCAUAGCACACCUUAUAAAAAAAUACUUAAAGUGUAGUGCCAAUAGACACUCAUAAAUCAACCCUGAAUGCUUCCUAAGCAUAUCUUUUUCAACAUAUUGAUUGAGACACGUCAGUAAAAAUUAUGGCUUUGUUUCUCGUUUAGUUCGGAUGAUACCUUGGUAUGUUACUUAACUUUAUGUUACUCUUUAACCUGCUGCAGCUGCCUGUCUACAUGUGCUGCUGUGCAUGGCAAAAUAAAUGCUUAACAAGGUCAGGUCUUGGAAAACAAAUGCAUUAAAUAUGUCUCGUUACAGGGUGAGGGACAGUGUGGUGACAAAGAUGUGUUGGGUGCUUUUGGUGUUGAUUUGUGGAAUGUACACUAGCUGCAUAAACUGUAUGGAAGACUCAUGCACAAAGGAAAUGAAGAAGGGAGUGGCCUUUGUUGAGAUUCUGGUCAGAGUCACUUGGUAUGAUGGGACCUGGAAAUAGCCCGGAGCUACCAUCUAACCAUAUGGAUUUCAUUUGUGCAGCUCACACUAGUUUUCUGUCAGAAGGUGCAUCAAACACAUGAGCACCAAACAUUCUCAUUGUGCACGAUGCCACUGGCAUUCAAUCACCUGUCCUGCUUUAAAAACACAUUGCUGUUAGUAUUAUUGGUCAAUAACAACUUUUCAGGUAGAGAAAUAAUGUAAUUAUCACCUGUUCUGGUGAAUUUAGAAAACCAGUACCAAAUCAGUUUUUUAUUUUAGUGAAAAGCAACAGAAAUGGUCAUAUGGUUAUUGAUUGGAUUGGAGUAAAAAAAUGAAGUGAUUUAUUGAAGAUUCUGGUUAGUGUAGUAUCGGCCUUCCUCACAUUCCACUGUUACAUGGAGUUUGCUCCAAUGCAUGCCCUUCAUAUACUGCAUCAGUUGGACCCCCACACUUUGUCUGCCUACCAGGACACCUAUUUGGAUCACUAGUUUGAAAAAGAUAACAGAAUAAGAGCUCAAUGUAUAACAUUUAGGCUUGUAGCAAAUUCCGUUGAGAAUUAAUUUCAUAUGUAUAGAUUAGACUUCUCUAAAAAAAUAAAUAAAAGAAAUAGCAUGUUACUCAUUGUUGAUUCAAUCUGGCGGGAUAACCUGUAAAUCCAUGAUACGUGGAAAGAAUACAGUGAUAAGGCACCGUUCUGUGGUCGUGUGAAAUGUCUGCGUUUAACCCAAAACGCUGACCGAGUGUUGCUUGUUGAGGCAAACGUGGCAGUCAAACUACCUAGAAAACCCUGAAAAGUAUUCACUUCAUAGAUUGCAGUAAGAAUCACUGGUUGCUUUGUGGGAGAUUCAAAGCUAAAAGCUACUCCGAAGGUUACCUUAUCACCUCUGAUCUCAACUCCCUCUUCUGCGCCUCAUCGCAAAAGGAAGGGUGAAGAAGCUUUCGAAAAAGCCAUGAAGGUUAAAAGCAACUAGAAAACCCCUUUUUUUUUUUUUUUUUUUUUUUUUUUUUUUUUUUUUUUUUUUUAAAGUCAUCCUACGUUGAUUCUCCUCUUUCUGCAAUGUGACACUGCGCAAUUUGUGAUUUGAAAUCUAUUUUUCACUCUGUUGCAGAAAAGGGGGAUUGCCCAUUGCUGAGUGACGUUGGGUUUAUUUGAGCUAAUGUAGGAUCGUUAGACUUUUCUGGCUCAGGUUUGAAAUACAGUUUGGUUGUAUCUUGCAUAGUAAUUAACAUUUUCACCCAGGACUUGUUGAAAGGAUGGGAUUCAUGCUAAUAUUUGUUGAACUGUGUUUUUGACAGGGUAGUUAGUUUUGCUCGGUGUUGACUUCAACUAAACAACAUAUGCUAUAUGGCUGUAUUACAGAUAGAGUUAGCUAGUUUGAUAUACUUACCUGAUAAAACAUUCAUUGUUCAUCUGAUUUUUAGUUAGUGUCUGUCGUGUGGUUAAAUGUAAGAUACUCCAUAGACAUGCCUGCUUGUCCUCUUCUUGCAGAGUUGUACAGAUGAGUGUGAGUGAUUUCAAACUAGGGUGAUGUUUGACCUGUAGUGAGCCUGGUAGAUCUAACUGUACAGAAUUCAAAAGUGUGGUUCAGCCCUUUUCAAGACAUUGGAUUUUCUCCAAAAACACAAUUCUAUGCUCAUAAUAAUAAUAAUAAUAAUAAUAAUAAUAAUAAUAAUUUCUCUCACCCAGCCCAGGGAGGUUUUGAAUGUUAGGUCGGGGUUAGCUUCCAGGAGGAUGCAGCCAUUUUAACUGUUGGAGAGCUAACUUUUGUGAUACUUCAACAUGUUCAAGGCAGUAUGAAGCUAUGUGAAUGUUUUCGUGUUUUCAGAGUGUUUGUGGUCCACAUCCACUCAAACAGAACAAACCUACAAACUGUAUGCAGAUUCCCACUCUCAUAAUUGGCUUGUGUUUUCUCCCUAAGCAGCCUGUAAAUGUUUGUUUAUCCAUUAGAGAUGCCUUCUUUUUUUGUUUUUAAUCUUUGCCGCCAAGCACCUCUGUUCUAAGUUAUGGUUCAGCUAAAUUAUCACCCUGAUAAGAACUUGAUCUUGAGUUUUUUUUCUUUUUUUUCUCUUAAGUAAUUCAGAUUGAAAUUCUUGUUUUACUUUACAUUUGUGCAGUAUUGUAUGCGAGUGCUGAAGAUACAGUAUAUCCAAGUUGAGAAUUGUAAUAAAAUAGCACAUAAUGAUGCAAUUGUGCAACAGGGAACUAAUGAUAUUCUUUGUUUUUUCAAAAACAUGACUUUUGUGUUUGGGUAAAAUCAUAGGUUUGGUUUUUGGCAUCUGCUGGGCAAUAAACUGAUGAUAUACUCAGCUGUGGCCUGGUUUUACUCCGGUAAACAUGACAACCAUCUGUUCUUCACUUUUUUUUUUUUUUUUUUUUUUUUUACUCCACAUUUACUCAUUCAAGGUCAAAAGAAAUAACUACUGCCUUUGUGUUUCAGGUUGUCUUUAACUCGAGUCAAGAACUAAAGAAAAUUUCCUCAAACCAGUGAAUGAUUAUGCUUCCCAUUGCAACUUGAAUUCUAAAUUAUUUUUGAAAAAAUAAAAUGUUUAUUGUGCUUUUAUUUAAUUUCCCUUUGGCUUUCACCCUUCCUCCUCGUCUGCUCUAAGACCACAGGUGUACAGAUAACAAUGUCUUAACUACCCACAGUUUUAAACAGCGACUCCAGACAACCACAAUAACCUGAUUGACAGCACUUCAAAUUUCUAACUGCAAAUCUGCAGAGAAGGUCCAGUCCAAAGCCAUAGCCCUACAUCUGUACUCUCACUCCCCCACACCCUACCAGAUACAAUAAGGAUGAAGGGCCUCUGCUAAGCAAAUGGACUGCUCUAUCUUUAAUCCAUAGACAGGGCAUCCAGGGCCUGUUCUCUGUUUUAUCAGCACAUCUGCAGAGAGCCAGCACCCUGAUCCUGUAAUGUCACCUCCCUCUGUGUGUUGACUGUGUCUCGUUAUGCACUUGCAUGCUUCUGGUGUGGAGUCGAGGCUCGCUUGGUGCACACCUCCCAUUCUGUUUCGGGCUUGUGUUUGUGGCCUACUGCUGCCAUCAGGGGAUUUAGCAGGCCCACACAGCAUGGAAAAUGGCAGUUUUUUUUUUUUUUAUAGAAACUAUGUAUUUGUUACCUAGUGUGUGAUACUUGAGGGUUAAAAAGUCAAAAGGUUUAUUUUUUUUUUGUUUUGAAAAGUCCAUCCUUGGUCUUAUUUUUAUCACCCUCUUUGCCCUCUUGUUUUUUCUUUGCAUUGUGAAGUGGGCAUGCUUGUCAAAAAGACAAAUGCUCUCUAUUAAUAUGCUUAUAACCUCAUAAAUAGUUGUGUAUACAAUAAACUGUUAUAACUUCUUUUUUAAUAAAACAUUCAAUGUGUAUGAAA